AUGGCGCCGCCCCGGGCCCCGCGCCUCGCCGGCGGGCAGGAAAACACCCAGUCGGGACGAGGGAGGCCGAUCGCCGUGAGCUUCGCGGACGUGGCCGUGUACUUCUCCCCCGAGGAGUGGGGCUGUCUGCGGCCCGCGCAGAGGGCCCUGUACCGGGACGUGAUGCGGGAGACCUACGGCCACCUGGGCGCGCUCGGAUUCGCAGGCCCCAAACCGGCCCUCAUCUCCUGGCUGGAGAGAAAGAAGGAGGUGUGGAGCCCGGAGGCCGAGGAUCCCGAGGAGGGGGCGAGGCACCCAGGAUCUGGUCUAGAAAGCAAGAAAAAGAACGAACCCAGCAGCAAAAUUGGGGCCGAGGAGCUUGAGGAAGCCCCUGUGAGGAACGCGCCAGCGGUGCAGGCCAGGCUGGUUCCUAGUUUCAGGGACUUUAGCCAUCCAUUGCCUCAGCUGUCUGCACACACGGAGCAGCAGUGCACCCAGACUCCCAAGAGGCCCUACCCCUGCCUGGAAUGCAACCGCUCUUUCAGCUACCCCUCCCUCCUAGCCAGCCACCAGCGGGUCCACUCGGGGGAGCGGCCCUUUCCCUGUGGCCAGUGUGGACGUUGCUUCCGCCAAAGAGGCAACCUGGCUGUCCACAUGCGCAUACAUACAGGGGAGAAGCCCUUCUCCUGCCCAGACUGUGGGAGGCUCUUUUUCUCCCAGAGGGCUCACCUCGUCCAGCACCAGCUGCUUCAUACAGGGGACAAGCCCUAUUCAUGUCCAGACUGCGGCCGCUGCUUCCGCCAGACUGGGGCGCUGGCCAUCCAUAGACACAGACAUGGUGGGGAGAAGCCAUACGUGUGCACCAAGUGUGGACGCCACUUUACACACCCUUCUCUCUUGGCUAUCCACCAGCGCACCCACACUAGGAAGAAGCCCCAUAUCUGUUCUGACUGUGGUCGGAGCUUUGCCUACCCCUCCCUCCUGACCAGUCACCAACGGGUCCACUCUGGUGAGCGCCCCUACCCUUGUACCCACUGCAGUGCCCGCUUUGCCCAGCAAAAUAACCUGCUCCAGCAUCAGCUCAUUCACACAGGGGAAAAGCCCUAUGCGUGCCCCGACUGUGGCCGCUGCUUCCGGCAAAGCGGCUCCCUGGCUAUCCACAGACGCACACAUACAGGGGAGAAGCCCUACUCCUGCUCCGAGUGUGGGCACCAAUUUACCUCUUCCUGUGUCCUCAACAGCCACAGACGCAUCCAUUCUGUUGAGAGGCCCUUCCCUUGUUCCCAGUGUGGGAAAACCUUUAAACGAAAGAGUGCCCUGGAAGCCCACCAAUGGAUCCAUCGUACAGGCGGGACAAGUCAGAGGGGUGACAGGCCUCUGUUACCACCCCCAGCCCAGGCUUGUGUCCCUGAGGGUCAGGAACCGUCCGUACACUUCCGACAUUUUCCCGAUAUGUUCCAGUAGUGCGAGUGUCUGAGUAAAGCAGUGUGAAGGAACAAAUGUUUUAAGGUUCUCCCUCAUCAAGCGUUGGGAAGGAGGUGCACAGAGGGCAAGGGAUAGGAGAGGGGAGAAAAAGGGAAUCAGGCGAAAUGGAGAUGCUGGGGGCUGAGCCACAUCUGGAAUCUAUGCGAGACCUGGGAGCUGAGAGGCAGGACAUCCGGAGUGAAGAACCUGUCAGGAAAAGUAUGAGACUCCUCAUUCCGCUCCCAGCCCAGACUGCUGACCUCUGACCUUUCAGCUCCGGUUUCCCCUGACUCUAGAUCUCAGGAGAACAAACCUCCUUGGACCAGGAGCCAUAAUGUAAGAGGAGGAUCAUAGGCUUUGAACCGGUUUAUCCCAUGUUCAAUCUUGGCUCAUCCCUUGCAUCAUCAACAUCUCUCUGACUAUAAAAUGAGUACAUUAAUACUGCUCCCGAGGUGGUUGUGAGGAUUAAAUAAUAUAUAUUCAGUCAAAACUGUCUAGUACAGUAUUUCUCACUUGUGUAUAUCCUUCCAAGCUUUGCACGUCACACUAGUUUCUUGAAUAUUGAGGACAGCCUUACCUAAUCACCCUUGCUGAAAACAAUGGCUUUUAAUGU